CCCUACUUUAUUGAAGAACAAAAUUACCCAAAAAAAAUGCAACCCAAAAUGUAUUUUGGGAAGUUGCCAGUUGUUUUAGAGUCCUAGUCAAACAUUCUUAUAGUGCGUAGCGCUAAGUUGUUAGUUAUGAAAAUGCACACAUUUUUCUAACCAUGAACUGACGGAAGCCACGUUCACUGCCUUCCUAGACGUUAGUCAAUGGUGUCGUAUUUAACCUGCUUGUUUUUUAAAUAACACCAAUUUCAAAUUUGUUAACAAUUUUCGUUAAACAGCAAAUUCAGGAUGUCUUAUAUGCUCGCGCAUUUACACAACGGCUGGCAAGUCGACCAAGCCAUAUUGUCGGAAGAGGAUAGGGUGGUGGUAAUUCGAUUCGGACACGAUUGGGACCCGUCCUGUAUGAAAAUGGACGAAGUGUUGUACAGCAUAGCGGAGAAAGUAAAGAACUUUGCGGUUAUAUAUUUAGUGGAUAUCACGGAAGUUCCGGAUUUCAAUAAAAUGUACGAAUUGUACGAUCCCUGCACGGUCAUGUUCUUCUUUCGCAAUAAGCACAUAAUGAUAGAUCUGGGGACGGGCAAUAAUAACAAAAUUAACUGGCCUUUAGAAGACAAGCAGGAAAUGAUAGAUAUCAUCGAAACAGUAUAUAGAGGUGCGAGGAAAGGCCGAGGUCUAGUCGUGUCUCCUAAAGAUUAUUCUACAAAAUAUCGCUACUAAAAGGUUAUCAGGAACUUUAUGGACCAUAUUGGUUUGAGCAGCGGUUUUGUAUAUUUACUUGCCUUUUGUUUAAAUAAAUUG